CUCCUUGUGGCACUAAUCGCCCCCCAUACAGCGCUGCUUUGUUGUGAAUGCAGCAGCGGCGCCGUAGUGCGCGUACAAGCAGAAGGUUACGAGGAGGUUAUUCGGACUGACUGCAGCACCAUUCAGUCGGUGCACGCGAAACGACGUCCAGCUGCGCCGCUGUCAGCGGGACGGGCGACGGGAACCGGGACCGUGCUGCAGUCCGGACCUUUUGUUCGGCUCGUCGCUGUCGCACCAAGGACGGAACGAGGAUCCACGAGAGACGCUCGGUUUCACGGUAGGCCACGGUCGGAGUGGUGGCGUUGGCAUAGACGCGGAGCACUGGCGCGCAGCGAUGCAUCGAAUGAGAUCAAAUAAAAGGCAGAGCGUGUAUUUAUGCCGUUAAACUGACACGUCGCAUCCCAGCACCGCACCAGUCCACGGCUGCAAAACAAGCCGCCGCAGGGAAGCCCCUCGGUGUGCAUCCCCCCAUCCACCAGGCACCAGCAUCUCUGCGGCCAUGGAGGCUGCGAGGCUGGAGCAGCAGGUGGCCAGCGUGGACAGAGGCAUCGCCUUCCUGAAGCAGGAGCACCUGGCCAUGCUGGCCGGUCUGCGGCUGGAGAUCACGCACCUGAGGAGGCGCUGUCGCGAGCUGAGUUGUGAGCUGGACUCCAGGUUUCCUGACAGGAGCACAGCAGAGGAGGAAGAGGAGCUUGUAGCGCGCUGUGAGGCUGCCGAGCGCCUUCUAGAGGACCAGCAGUGCAUGAUGGCCGCUGCACGCGGGGAGCUGCGGGCCGGGCGGGCCCGCACAUCCGCCCUGGGCAGGAGCCUCAGGGACGAAGAGCGUCGUUUCCUGGAGGAGCUAAAGCGCCGCAGCCACAAGAUCACGCUGCUGAGCCGCGAGCUGCAGCGCCAGAACGUCACCACCUCCACUCUGUACCAGGAGCUCCACGGGGCGCGUUUAAAACUGUUCCAGCAGCGGCAGAGCGCCGCUGCAGAAAGAGAGAGGGGACCCAGGAUGAAGCAGGAGGGAGGAGAGGAGGAGGAAGAUGAGGAUGAGGAAGGGGAGUGCUCAGACUGGCUACUCUCUCCACCUCCUCCUGCGUCUCCGAGCCAACCACAGGCGAGACACAGGAGGUGUGUCAGUGUAAGGGAGGAGAGGGUCAGAGCCUGCAUCCCUCAGGAGAGAGUCACGUCACCACAGAGGCCCCAUCCCAUGCCCGACCCGGCUCUCUUCUUGGUGCCGCUUAGAUACCGCCUCCUUCGUUUGAGCCAGCCAAUCAGAGCGCAGGAUGAGGACGUUCUGGAGGAUGAGUGGGAGGACAUCGAGGAAAGCAGGGUGCACGGAAGGGUGGACAUGGGAGCGGGAGAGGGAGAAACGGCUCUGUGAUGGAGACGUGACAUGCACCGGCAGGUCUCUGCUAACAUCCGCCGACACGAGAUGCAGCUAAUGCAGGACAAGUCAAAUGACAACGAUAUAACCUUGUGAUUGUCUGUAGAUUUCAGGACGUUUGACGUGUAGAGUUAGUUGCACAAGAGAGCUCGAUCAAACCAACACACAGGCACAUUAACGGAGUUUGUCACAUUGUUGGUGUAGCAUGUGCUUAACAAAUGUGAAGAGACGAGUGUGUCAGAACAGUUGCUUCAUACUGUUGCCUUUGAGUUAAACACUGCUGACCGUGGCUUUUGCCUUUGAACAUCAACACCACACAGUUCUGAGUGGCAACCUGCUUUUUCACUGCACAGGCCAUCUAGGUUCAGAAAGUCACUCUUAAAGGCUUGGAGACGUUUUGUAUUGUUUGCACUUUAUUAAAUUCAUGCAAUGAGCCUCCUAAUGGCAGAACAGAAA